GCCUCCUCGCCGCCCCGCCGCCCAUCCUCACCGCCUGGCGCCCGAGCUGCCCGCGGUCUGGGUCCCCGCGGUCGGAACCGCCCCGGCCGACCGGGCCCCCAAACGAGGCCGAGAUGACUUCCAAGGAGGACAGCAAGGCGGCGCCGGGGGAGGAGCGGCGGCGCAGCCCUCUGGACCACCUGCCGCCGCCCGCCAACUCCAACAAGCCGCUGACGCCCUUCAGCAUCGAGGACAUCCUCAACAAGCCGUCCGUGCGGAGAAGUUACUCGCUGUGCGGGGCGGCGCACCUGCUGGCCGCUGCCGAUAAGCACGCGCCGGGCGGCUUGCCCCUGGCGGGCCGCGCGCUGCUCUCGCAGACCUCGCCGCUGUGCGCGCUGGAGGAGCUCGCCAGCAAGACCUUUAAGGGGCUGGAGGUCAGCGUCCUGCAGGCGGCCGAAGGCCGCGAUGGGAUGACCAUCUUUGGGCAGCGGCAGACCCCCAAGAAGCGGCGGAAGUCGCGCACGGCCUUCACUAACCACCAGAUCUAUGAGUUGGAAAAGCGAUUCCUGUACCAGAAGUACCUGUCCCCAGCAGAUCGCGACCAGAUCGCACAGCAGCUGGGCCUCACUAACGCCCAGGUCAUCACCUGGUUCCAGAAUCGGCGUGCCAAGCUCAAGCGGGACCUGGAGGAGAUGAAGGCCGACGUAGAGUCUGCCAAGAAACUGGGCCCCAGCGGGCAGAUGGACAUCGUGGCGCUGGCCGAACUCGAGCAGAACUCAGAGUCCGCAGGCGGUGGUGGCGGAGGCGGAGGCAGCGGCUGCGGCAGGGCCAAGUCGAGGCCGAGCUCCCCGGCGCUCCCCCCAGGCGCCCCGCAGGCCCCGGGAGCUGGACCCUUGCAGCUCUCACCCGCCUCUCCGCUCACGGACCAGCGGGCCAGCAGCCAGGACUGCUCGGAGGACGAGGAAGAUGAAGAGAUCGACGUGGACGAUUGAGCGGCGCCCCAUCUUCUGCCACCCCCUCCUCUAGCGCCGAGCACCCGCGGCCUCCCGGACCUGACUGCUGAGGGGAGCUGGGACCUCCUCCGCAGCGCCUGUCUCCUUCCUUGUCCCCAGGCCUGGACUCCCGGCAGCCGCCUCUUCCCUUUCGAAGCAAUAAACCCGGGCUGGCCGGCCCGCCGGCGCCAUAAGCGGCCUCCACCGUGCUGGGAGCCCUCGCCGUGCAAUUCUGUAUGGCUUCUGUAUAAAUAUUUAAACCUAUAUAGCGGAUCCUUCCCACCGCAGCCUGAAUUUUUUCUUUCUUUUAUUUUUUUAAGUACCAGAUAUUUCAAUGUUUGUAAAGUUGUUUGGCUGCGGGGUUGGCUGAGGGCGAGGCAGAAUCGGGAACAGGAGCGGGAACGCUAACCCUGCGAUUGGGAAGAGGGGGCAGCUCUGGCUGUUUUGGUUUUUCUCUGCAUGUGGCGAAUGCACUAGGGCUCCCUCCUCGCCUCCCUCGGCCUAUCCUAUCGCAGUUGACCGCUUUCCUUUCUUUCUGCCCGUUUUCCCUGCGUGGGAAGGGAGUGAGGGGGCAGCCAGGUCCCGACUUGCAAGUUUCAAAGUCGAUCUUUCCUUCCCCACACCAGAGAACUGUCUUCGAUGCCGUUUCUGCCUCCUGAUGCCCACUAACGCUGUUUUUACGAUCUUCCCUCCCUCCUGCAUUUUCUCAGACUGCUUGCUGGAGUCUGGUUCUUUACGACAGAGCAGGGGGACAUCCAAUCAAGCAACCACUGGAAACAGAACCCAAAGCCCUAGAAUUAUUUUUUACUCUUUUUAGAAUUUUUUUGCAUGUGACAGAGACAGAGAGGAGGCGACCUAAGUCCUCCCCCACCUCCUCCAAAGCUCUGGGUCUCUCUUGCCGAAUUUGACAUCCCACUCCUAGCUCAACUUGGCGAGGAAAGGGCGGCCUGGUGAGGAUGGUCCGGAGUGCCCCUUCCUUCCCCGCCCUGCCCUCUCCUCUGCGGACUGUAUCCAAGGUCUCCUUCUCCGAUAAAUAAAAGUCUUUGCCAUUUUACUAGA